CUAAAAGCACCUUUCACCCCAAACCUGACUCGCAGGGUGCUGGGCUGCCCCAGGAGCUCCUGUCCCCGUGUUCUCCCCAGGUGUCAUCCACACUGUGUGGGGAGGGUGCUUGGUCCCAGAUGGAGCAGGGGGAUACAGAAAUUAGCACUAGAGGGGAAGACAGGCCCCUGGUCCUCAAAGCACGAGGAAUCCCUGCAUGGCCCACCUUAAUCCAUCCCCCAGGAGCUGAGGAGGCCUUUGAACACCGUGAUGUGGUCAUCAACACCCAGGACAAAGUUUCAGAUCUGUACACACAGCUGGAGAAGCUGGGGGAGGGGAAAUUCGGGACAGUCUACAGGCUGCAGGAAAAGGCCACCAGCAAAAUCCGGGCUGGGAAAUAUUUCCGGACACGCACAGCGAAGGAGAAGCAGGCGGCUCGGGCCGAGGUGGAGCUGAUGAACCUCCUGCAUCACCCACGCCUCGUGCAGUGCCUCGACGCCUUCCAGGGCCCCACUGAGCUGGUGAUGGUGAUGGAGUACGUGGCAGGGGGGGAGCUCUUUGAGCGCAUCGUGGACGACGACUUCGAGCACACAGAGCCCAGCAGUGCCCAGUAUGUGCAGCAGAUCCUGGAGGGGCUGCAGUUCAUGCACGGCCAGGCCAUUGUCCACCUUGACCUCAAACCCGAGAACAUUGUCUGUGUCAGCCCUGGCAGCCACUGGAUCAAGAUCAUCGACUUUGGCUUGGCACGGAAGCUGGCUCCAGACACCCCUGUGAAGGUCUUGCAUGGCACCCCCGAAUUCAUGGCUCCAGAAGUGGUUGCCUUUGAGCCUGUGAGCUUCUCCACAGACAUGUGGAGUGUUGGUGUCAUCUGCUACAUCCUGCUGAGUGGGGAGUCACCCUUCCAGGGGGACACUGACAUGGAGACACUGAGCAAUGUCACAGCUGCUCAGUGGGACUUUGAGGAGGAGACCUUCUCAGAGAUCUCCCAGCAAGCCAAGGACUUCAUCAGCCAACUGCUGCAGAAGGACCCCCGCCAGCGGCUCCCCAGUGCAGGGGCUCUGCUGCACCCCUGGCUGCAGCACCCCCAGCCCAGCAGCCCCAAGGUGCUGUCCAAGGAGAGGAUCCGGCAGUUCCUGGCACGUCGGAAGUGGCAGGUACCUGCUGGGGUGAUGGGGACAUGGGGGUGGCUCUGGCUGAAGGGCUCAGUGCCCAUUCUCUUCCCCCAGAAAACAGGAAAAGCCCUGCUGGCUCUCAAGAGGAUGACCUUGCUGUCCCAGAGCCUGGAGGGGAAGGCAUCUGAGGCUCAGGAUGAGGAAGGCUUGGAGAAGGAACAGCCCUCGGGGGCUCUGCCCCAGCAAGGUCCCAACCCCUCGAAGCUGCUGACAGACCAGGAGGAGGAAGAUGGUGGUGGGAGCACUGCAGCCUCAGGGCAGUGACAGUGUGGGCCUGUCACCCCCAUCCUGGACCACCUCGAGACAGGGAUGAUGCCUCCAGCAGCUCCCACAGUGACCUGGCCAGCCUGGGACACACCCAGAGCCCUGCUGUGGGUGAGUUCUGGGGUCCCAUGGUGUCCCUGUGCUGCUGUCCCUGCAAGGAAUGCAGACACCUGUCCCCAAUAAAGCACUGACAAUCUCUGCA